GGCGGGGCGGGGCGGGGCGGGCGCUGCUCGCAAGGAGCGGGGGCGGCGCGCGAGCAGCUGGCGGCGCCGCUUUCGCCUCAGGUCGGCCCGGCGCCUCCGCCCGCCAUGAGCUUCCUCUUUGGAAGUCGAUCGUCGAAAACAUUCAAACCCAAGAAGAACAUUCCCGAAGGCUCCCAUCAGUAUGAACUCUUGAAACAUGCGGAAGCGACUCUGGGGAGCGGUAACCUUAGACAAGCGGUUAUGUUGCCGGAGGGAGAGGACCUUAACGAGUGGAUCGCAGUUAACACGGUGGAUUUCUUCAACCAAAUCAACAUGCUGUAUGGGACCAUUACGGAGUUCUGCACAGAAGUGAGCUGUCCGGUCAUGUCAGCAGGACCAAGGUACGAGUACCACUGGGCAGAUGGCACCAACAUAAAGAAGCCGAUCAAGUGCUCUGCUCCAAAGUACAUCGACUACUUGAUGACAUGGGUGCAGGACCAGCUGGAUGACGAAACGCUCUUCCCUUCAAAGAUCGGCGUCCCUUUUCCCAAGAACUUCAUGUCAGUGGCCAAGACGAUCCUGAAGCGGCUGUUCCGUGUGUAUGCCCACAUCUACCACCAGCACUUCGACUCUGUCAUGCGGCUGCAGGAGGAGGCCCACCUCAACACCUCCUUCAAGCACUUUAUCUUCUUCGUGCAGGAAUUCAACUUGAUUGACCGGCGGGAGUUGGCUCCUCUGCAGGAACUGAUUGAGAAGCUGGGCUCCAAGGACAGAUAAACUUUCCCCGGGAGGACCCUUUCAGCCGCUCCUUCCCGCUUUGUAUGCCAGCCACUUCUGUGCUUCGCCUUCAGCGACGUAAGCCCCGUGAUGCCAGACAGUGCACCAAGUGGCAUUGGUCUCGAGGCCAAGCGUCGCUUCUGCUGUGCAGCCACAGCCUGUGUGGUUUUCUGAGCUGUUGGCUGUGCUGCUGUGACUUGCCCUGCAUCGUCCACUCAGUUUUCUAGGCUCCGUGCUUGUGUCUGGCACAAACUGCCGUCUGGCUGAGGGCUCAGAGCAGGUUUUGUUCCCCGCAGGUGAAGUUCAGAGUGCUGAGCUGCUGCUUUCUACUCCUGGGGGCAAAUUUUUCCUCUGGCCCAGCCCUGGACACAGUGCUUGGCCUGUGAGCAGCCUUGACUGGGUCUUGGCUUAUUUCUGAAGUGCUUUUUUUGGAUGAGGUGCACUUGAGCUUUAAGCUCCCCUCUGGCAGCAGCGUUGUGGGGGGGAGGACAAGAAGUGCCUGGUCUGCAAGAGCAGCUCCCUGGUGUUCCCAGUUGGGGGGGGGGGCUGGGGGGGGGGGGCUGUGCAAGGCAAUAACACCACCAAUAAAGUUUCUCCUUCCUGCUCUUCUGUCGGGGCGGGGGGAGGGAAUAUUUCCUCUUUUCCUCUCCUUGCCCCCUCCCAGUGCAGCCCCAGCCCUGCCCAGGUGCCUUAUUGAAAACACAGCACUUGGGAAACACUUUUUUUAGAGGUAGUCUGGGGGCACAGCUGCACACAGAGCCCCCCUGGGCCCCUCUCAGCCCAGCAUCUUUAUUGACAGGUCAGGAUGGAGCGUCAAGGUUUGGGGGUGGAGGUGAAGAUGCGCAGGCCAUGCAUGCUCUUGAUCUCCUCCUGCAGAGCCUGCAACACAUGCGGGGGGGGGAAACACAGUAGCUCAAUGCUUCAAGGGUGAACACUUUGGUGCUUGUGCACAGUACAAGUGGCUAUUAAGCAUGUAGUCACAGUGCAGCGCUAUUAUCACACCCUCACCAGAGGGCUGCACACAAGUGUGAACAAGCUGUGGAGUACAGGCACAAAGUACCUGGCUGUGAAGCGCAGCAUGCACAAUUAGUGCAAAGUGAAGGUUGUGCCAGCCUCCAGUACUGCAUGGUCUGAGCAUUUAGCACUUGGUGCUGUGUUACAUGGGCACAGCCAAGACACUCACACUGUGUGCACAAGUACACAAACGCUACCCCCCCAGCACCCAGGAGAAGCGUUGCACACCCAUAGAACUGCCUUUAAUCAAUUGGGUUACCUUGUUCAGUAGUGGGAGGGAAGGGCUGUGCUGUCACACGCACUGCAUGCAGGCUCAGCGCCAUGUGUGUGCACAUACCAUCAGGUGUACACACCCAGUGCCACACACCUCCCCCAGCCACCCAAUUUAUUAGAGCUACACUAAGACACUGCAUGCAGGCACAGCGUGUCCCUGCGUGUGCACACACACACCGUCUCUUGGGAAGAGAGGAGUUAAAGGGCUGCGCUGUGAGACAGUGCGUGUGCAUGCGCACACUUGCAUGCAGAGCACUGACCAGCACACCAGCUCUGUGUGCACACACCAUCAGGGUGCCUGGCUACAAACACUUAGCAGGGCACUGUGCAUGUGUGUGCAAAGUGCCCCACACACACACAACUACCCUGUUUACUGGGAAGGAAGAGCUGCAGUACUCAGACACACUGUGCAUCUGCAGGGCACUUCUACUCACAGUGUGUGUGCAGCACUUUCACUGAGCACGCUGCCUGCGGCAUUUCAGCCAGACGCUGUGUGUGCAUGCAAAGCAUUUUAAUUUUGCACAGUAGGUGGGCACACAAAGUGCUUUGUGCGCACACACACGCAUGCUCGGCAGCAAGUGCUGCACACUCUGCAAGCAUUAAGCACCACACAGAUGCACAAGCAGCAUGCCCAGCUGUAAGCGCUGUGCACACUCACACAUGUGCACGUCCCCCCCUCACCUGGUUAACCAUCUGGUGCUGCUGCACCAUCCGCUUCUCCCUGAAGUCCUCUGACUCAAUGUGGAUUUCAUACAUGGCGCCGCAGCCUCCUAGACAAAUAAAAGCGGUGGCAAAUGCCUGAGCAAAGACAAA